ACCCCCGCGCCAUCUCUCUGUCUCUCUGUCUCUCUCUCUCUCUCUCUGUGCAAAAGAAACUAAUAUAGUCCUUCUUCUCCGUCUGCGUUCAGAUGGGUAGUUUCACUACGAGCUUCCCGGAAUCUCCGCUUGGUGAGUUUAAGCCAUUAGACCCAGAAGAAUUUCGAAAACGAGCCCAUCAGACCGUCGAUUUCAUCGCUGAUUACUACAACAGCAUCGAAAGCUACCCAGUUCUUAGCCAAGUCGAACCUGGUUAUCUACGAAACCAGCUCUCACAGACCGCUCCUUACAACCCAGAACCUUUUGAAGCGGUUCUAAAGGACGUACAAAAGGACAUAAUCCCUGGCAUGACCCAUUGGCUAAGCCCAAACUUCUUUGCCUAUUUCCCUGCGACGGUGAGCACAGCGGCUUUUCUGGGGGAGAUGCUGUGCACUUCCUUUAACUCGGUUGGAUUUAACUGGCUAGCGUCGCCUGCGGCGACCGAGCUGGAGAUAGUCGUUAUGGAUUGGCUAGCUGAGAUGCUCAAACUACCAAAAUCAUUCAUGUUUUCUGGCACCGGUGGUGGUGUCCUGCAAGGGACGACUAGCGAGGCGAUCCUCUGCACCAUCGUAGCCGCUAGAGACCGGGCGCUGGAGAGAAUUGGAAAGGAGAAUAUCAGCAAGCUCGUCGUUUACGGCUCCGAUCAAACCCACUCUACAUACGCAAAGGCAUGCAAGAUAGCUGGUAUUCUCCCUUGCAACAUACGAGCGAUUGCCACGACAGCCGAUGCAGCUUUCGCUCUAUCGCCUUCUCUUGUCCGAGAGGCGAUAGAAGCUGACGUGGCAGCUGGUCUAGUUCCAAUUUAUCUCUGUGCUACCGUAGGAACCACUUCCACAACUGCCGUGGAUCCAUUGACAGCCCUUGCGGAGGUUGCCAACUCAUUUGAUGUUUGGUUACACGUGGAUGGUGCCUACGCAGGUAGCGCUUGCAUCUGUCCAGAGUUUCGAUCCUACUUGGAUGGAAUCGAACGAGCCGACUCAUUGAGUCUGAGCCCACACAAAUGGUUUCUCACCUUCUUGGAUUGUUGCUGCUUGUGGGUGAAACAACCGAGUUUACUAUUGAAAGCUUUGAGCACUGACCCUGAGUACUUGAAGAACAAACUCAGCGAGUCCAAUAACGUGGUGGAUUACAAGGACUGGCAAGUAGGCACAGGCCGGAAAUUUCGCGCCCUCCGGCUAUGGCUGGUGCUACGUUGCUACGGUGUAGCAAAUCUUCAGUCCCACAUCCGGACGGACGUUGGGAUGGCCAAUAUGUUCGAAGGAUUCGUGAAAGCCGAUCCACGAUUUGAGAUCGUCACACCCAGACGGUUUUCAUUGGUGUGUUUCCGAUUCAACCCAGGAGGUGCUUGGUCCGAACCGGAUUCAAUCGAGUUGCUGAAUAGGAAGCUAUUGGAACGCGUCAACUCGACCGGGAAAGUUUACAUGACACAUUCCAAAGUAGGUGGGGUGUACCUGUUGAGGUUCGCAGUGGGGGCCACGUUGACACAGGAGCGCCAUGUGAUGGCUGCGUGGGACCUCAUCAAGAGUGUAGCUGAUAAGAUAAUUGGAGAAAUUAAUUAGGUGGUCUUAACUUAUUUUAUGUUUCUAUCUUUUAUUUUUCUGUUUUUUUUUCGAGUUCCGGACGUAGUGAAGCUGUUUGAAAAUUUCAAGUUUGCUAAUAAAGGUGGCUAUUUUAGGCUUUUAGGUUGCA